GACACUAUUUUGUAUUUCAUACGAAAAAGGCGGUUUGAUAAUGAGAAGAUGUUCACCAACACCUGUGCCAUAUUAGACGUGUUAUUUUGGUCAUCCAUCAAAGGGCGUUAUCCCAUAUGGAGGGCAUCUCGUAGCACAUAUUCAUGUGAUGCGACCCUUUGUAACUAUGUGCGUGGGAGGUCACCCAAACCUAGCAUGUCGUGGCGGAUAUGUGAUUAUGUGUACAUCCCUGUCAACAAUGGAGGCGCGCAUUGGUUGGCAGCAUGUGUGGACUUGAAGGCCCGGCAUAUUGAUUUAUACGAUCCAAAUAUGGGAAAUAAAUAUGUCCAGAAUAGAGAGUUGAAGAAUGCGGAAUGCCUUACGUAUAUGCUGCCUUACCUAUUGAGGGAUGGGGGAUAUUACGGGAAGAAUCCGGAUGUGUCUCCCACUUUAGAUCCAUUUACGAUGACCAUGAUCAAAGAUGCACCCCGCCAAGAUAAUGGAGAACAGGAUAUUAUUCACCGAAUUCAUUCAGUUAAAUGGUGGGAUAAAUGGAAUUCAGACCGAACUCAAAAAAUGGUCAUGGAUGAAUUUCCCAAUUCUCCUCCCAAACCAAUCAAAUCAUCAUCCAGUCAAACUUCCAGUAAAUCAACUAGAUCAAAGAAAGACAUGCUUGCUCACAUUCAAAAAUUAAUUGAAGAAGUGGACCAAUUAUCAGACGACUCAGAAACAUCUGAUGAAGCCUCCAGCCAACCUAUAGCAGAAUCAUCCAAAUCACAGGGCGUUUUUGGCACAAGAUGGGCCGACUACCAAGACAGUCAAGAUCCAUAUGAUUUAGGAUCUGACUAA